UAUGGCUUCUAUAAAGGCAAUGUAGAGGUAGUCAUGAUAUAAUUUGGGAAAUACAUUUCAUUAAAGUAAAUAAACAAUUCAAUAUUUUAUUUUUAUUUUUAAUAAAACUGUAACAUUUCUGAAUAUUAAAUGCUACGCUAACAUCCUCACAUCGAUGAUGUUGAUAGAUAAUAUACAUAUAGUGUCUUUGUUUAGCAUGCUAACAUUUGCUGCUAAUUAGCACUAAACAGUGCACAGGGGACAUUUAUGGAAAGUGUUUUUGCUGCCAUUUGGAUAUAAACCAAAGUAGUGAAGUAGUACAGUUAUGAACAAAAGCUUUUAGGCAAUCCUCUUUUUUUAAUGUUUUGGAGGGAAAAUUUGCACAUGCAGCAAUUUAUUGAGACACAUGCAAACAUGCAUGGAAAUACAGCAGAUAAAGUGAAAAACAGAGUUUGUACAAUUCUAACAAGCUUGAAAGUCAGUAUUUGGUAUGACCACCUUUAUUCUUCAACAGCACCUGAACUUUCUUAGGCAAGCAUUGUUAUAAUUUCUUUAAGUAGUCGUCAGGAAUAGUUAUCCAGUCUCCUUUAAGGACAUUCAGUUUGCUUCUUUGGAUUUUUGCUGCCUCUGUUGUCUGUGAAGAUGAUCCCUCACUGCUUCAAAAAUUGUUGAAGUCUAGAGUCUGGGGAGGCCAGACCACGACAGUAAUUAUAUUUCCAUCUGGUUAUACUUUUACUACACUGGUGUAAACAACAUCAUUUUUUACUACCUCAGAAACUGCAGCCUCUGAGAGAAAAAAAAAAUUACUACAUGACCAGUGCAUUCUCAAGUAUUCCCACAACUUUAUCCACUCUUUUUUUAAGGUCACCAUGAAGCAGAGAUACUUGUCUUGAUGGUAUUACACAGUGUUUAAUUUUUGACUAAGAUGUGUCUAGUUGCUACAGCAACCAAUUUGUGUAAAGUGUAGUCAUUUUAAUGUGAUUAAAGCGAGUGGAGUUUUAAUUGCACUGUUUAACACUUAAAUGAAUAUUUUUCAAGGCCUUUGUGUGGAUGGAGGCACAGCAUUCCCAACAGACCUCUUUCUCUCUUUGUAUCAUUAUUGCAGGCUUUGAAACGCAUAUCUGUGGUUCGAUACGGAUUAACCAGUUCUGUCCUGUGAAAACACACUGAUGACAAUCAGACCUGCAGUUCAUUAGCUGUACCUGGCUAACCCCCAGGAGCCAGGCACAAACACACACACACACACACACACACACACACACACACACACACACACACACACACACACACACACACACGCACAUAAAGAUGUGCUUUCGCUAAUAUUCUUGAUCUACCCUCAGUAGAUCUUUUUAUUUCACACACGUUUUCAUAAAAAUAUUUUCCUCUAUUCCCUUACAAGCAAACACACUCACGUGCUUGUAUCGCUAUCUUUGUGAGGACAUUCAAUGAAAGUGAGGCCAAAAAUGUCCUUACUUAAACAAAAUCACACCAGUCCUCAUAAGCAUAGUUGAGCAAGUACAUACACAUGCACACACUUCAUAUCCUUGUGUGUCUCUCCACAUUCACACACACUUUCAUUAGUGUGAUGCUUGCAGGCACAUGCAGGGAUUCUCCAUUGUGUUCCCUAUCAGCCUGCGGGAUGGGGCUCACUAAUUAAUAUUUAACUGAAGACCGCCUCCAACCAAGAGAGGAGAUGCAGAGAUAGAGGACUGAAAGGAGGGGAAAGUGGAAGGAUCAUGGUGUGGAGGAGAGGGGAAGGACAGGAGAGAGAAUAGGCCGGGAAGGAUCAGAAGGAAGAAAAGCCUGGAAGUCUGAGGUUAGGCUAUUGAUCACAAGGAUAAGAAGGCAGGAGAGAUGAGGGGAGGAGUACGGUGACAAGAGCAGUUGGAGAAAUGCUGGAUUUGACAGAGCCUAGAGAGAAGGAGAUGACUGAUGCAGAAGCACUGAAAAGAGAAAGGUUCAAUGAAUGGAUGACAGUGAGAGCAACAGAGAAGAAACUGACAAGAAUUUGAAGAAAAUGUAGGAAUGAGACAGACGUUUUCUGACAGAAACACUUCUCGUCAAUGCAGAGAUAUAAAGAAAGAUAGAUGGAUUUAAGGGGAAGCAGUAGCAGGAACAAAGUAAGGAUGAAGCAAGGAAGAAAAAAAAUGCCGCAGCUCCACACUGCAGCAGAUGAUAUUUGUUUGACAAAAAUUAAUUCAUCCAAGGAUGAAGUUUGAAUUUUACAGAAUUUGCUUUAGAACAAUAACAGGCUGUCUUCCUUUACCAGCUGUGUGAACCAAAUACUUAUUGAAAGGUAGCCAAACAGGCUACAAUUAUAGCAGCAAGCAGACUACCAAAGAUACAUAUUUAAAUAUAAAUAUCAGUUUGUGGAGUGGCUUCAGGCUAGUCUAAUACACCCUAAUUCUGACACAUUUAAUGAUAAACUAUCUCCAUGCAUCAAAUUGUAGAUUUUUUUUUCUCCCACAUGUGUGGCAGAUGUAACAUGAUGUAUGUUAUGAUUGUUUUGCCAUGGUAUUACAGAGGAUUGAGAAUAGAAAGGCACAAGGCCCCCCUCUUAUGAGAUUAUUUGUGUCCCCGCUGUGUAAUCUGUCUAAUCCAGCACUGUAUGGUUUGAGAUUACGUUAAGAGGAGACGUUGCAGUUAAUGAAUCCGUCCUGUGUCUUGUAGCUCCUUAUCGUUCAGGCUCUUUGUCUCUGGCUGUGACCUACUAACAUGCAUUCAGGAGGCAGAUUAGAAAGGUGAUUACUGGUAUCAUCCGAUUCUGUGUGUAUGUUUGUGUUAGUGGGGCGAAAGAUGACCUCAGAUGACAACGUGAAAAGAAGGAGCAUGUCGCUCUCCUUCUCAGCCGCUUUCUCUCUCCUGUAUCCGCCUCUCGCUUUCCUGCAUUGGUGCGGACCUGACUAAAUGCAGUGUCAGAAUUUUGGAUGCUGUCAAGGCUCUGGCAGUGUUUCCAUGGCGAGGCGUCCUCAAUGAUGUCACUCACUCGGGCCUCUGGAGACAGAGCCCCACCCCUCCUGACAUCUCCCUGCCGGUAUGUGCGCGUGUGUUUAUGUGUGUCUCCAUGUGAAAUGGGCCGGUGAAAAUCACACCAUGUUAUCCUUGAAACACCUGCCUGUGUGUUUCAGCCCGUAAUGAGCUGUCUAGCUGCAGUCUGCAUGGCUUUGUAGAGACACAUCAUUAUAUCCUGCAACACACACACACACACACAUGCACGGGAAGAUUUCUGCCAACGUUAUUUCACCACGGGAAGCCAAUGCGUUUUGGAGGCUGCUAUAGUAACAUAUAGUGGCAUGUGAAAAUGUAGGUGGAAUAAAAGGUGUGAGUGUGCAUUCAAGCAUUUGUGGAGGGGGUGCGGUCUUGUCGGGUGUCUUUCAUGGCAAAAGAAAGGUUAGAUUCCUUUGGGAGGCUGCACACGUACUCUUCUCACCCUCCUUGCACCCUCAUCUUCUUCAUUCAUCAUCUCAUCUCUUAAUUAUCUUUUCUUUCUCUCCUCCCCAUCUUUUCCUUACUUUCUCUCUGUUUCACUCCCUCCGUCAUCUCCUCCACCCCCCACCACUCUCCCACCCCCCCCCCGUCAGCAUUGUCUCAGCCCUGGAGCGGGGGUCAUCAGGAGGGUGGGUGGGGUUUCUGCCUUCAAUACGACAGCACUCCUCUCUGCUUGUGCCUCCUAGCGUUCAACCCCCUCCCCUCUUCUCUCCCUCCCUCCUUCCAUCCAACCCUCCCACCCUCUCUCCCACUGGUCCACCCUCCCCCCACCCACACUCCUUUCAUCAGCAAGCAAUGAGGUAAUCCCUAGCAGCCGCGUGAAGUGCAGCAAGUGCAGUGAGAGGGAGAGAAGCGAGAGCAGAAGCGAGAGAAGCCGGUGCAAGGCAGAAGCAGCGAAGAUGUCAGGAGCUGUAAUAUCACUGGCCGUUAUCAGUACCAGCUGUUAGCAGCUCGCUCGUAGGUAAUAGCUGAUGUUGUCACAGGCAGCUGCAUGCAAGCUGCAGCUUUGGUGUUAGCGGUUUUAGCUUGUAGCCUGUUUUUCUUUCUUUUCUUUUUUUUGUAGUGGUGGCACUAUGUUGAGUGGCUGUUAGCCAGACAGAGAGGCAGGCAGGGGUGGGACAGGCUUAACCCAAGGGCUGGUGUUUAGAUAGGACACCCCGGGUGGGGAAGAGAGCGUGAGACAGAAAAGGGAGAGGUGAAGUAGUAGAAAAAGAAGAAGAAGAAGAAGAAAAAAGAGUGAGGUUUGAGAGAAGGUAGCAGAGGUGUGUGCCCACCAUGACGGAGAGGUGUAGUCUGUGGAGUGCCCUCUCGGCUGCAGCAUGCUGCUUCUAUCGGGGAUCCUUCAUGCAGGUGCAGUUCUCUAAGGAGAAGUACCUGCUGGAGUCUCCUCCUGAGAAACUCCGCAAAGAACUAGAGGAGGAGCUGAAACUGAGCCCUGCUGAUAUCAGGAGCCAUGGCUGGUACCAUGGACACAUACCCAGAGAGGUAUCAGAGACUCUGGUUUUGCGCAAUGGAGACUUCCUUGUGCGCGAUUCUCUGCUCAACGUGGGUGACUAUGUUCUGACCUGUCGGUGGGAUAAUGAGGUGCUACACUUCAAGAUUAGUAAAGUCCUGGUGAAAUCCAAUGAGACCAAGGUGCAGUACAUGUUGGAGUCUGAUAGUUUCGACUCAGUACAAGAGCUUGUGCGGUUUUACGUCGGUCAACGCAAACCGGUCUCCCAGUCCAGCGGCGUCCACAUCUACUGUCCAGUAAGCAGAACUCUCCCUCUGCGCUACCUAGAAGCCACUUUUGCCCUCUCCAACAGCAAGCAAGGCUCUGCCUACUCACCGUCCAGUCAGAGGGGAGCGUACAUCAAGAGGAGGAGUGUCACUAUGACCGAUGGGCUGACAACUGAAAAGAUCAUACCUCACAGUGACUCAGACAGUCCAAGUCCAGUUGAGACACCAGUGGCAACACCAGAACCAGAGCCGGAAACUGUGCCCAACUGCAGCCCGUCAACGAUCCACCACCAUAAAGACGCAAUGCGGAACUGUGCAAUGAGCAUGGACCAGAUUCAGGAGUAUCGUUGCCCCUUGUCACCUGUCGGGGAAACCCCAUUGUCUCCGGCGUAUAGUGCUAUCACCAGGCAGAGAGCCCACUCAGGUGGGCGGGUCCUGGCUGUUGUCCCUCCCUCCCCUGUGAUGCGUCGCUCCAGCGACCCCCAAGUCAGCCCCUCAGCCAGUGACAACCCUCCAGAAUUUCCCCCACGUACCUCUCACUCAGCACACUCCGCACCGGCCCAUCAUCCCAACUACCAAUCACAUUCUUCAGAAACAGCAGGGAGCUACUGUGACCUCAGACCUUGUCCUUCUGGGCCCCCCAAACCACCAACUAAAAGCUACGUAGAGCGAUUGAGAGUGGAGGAGGGGACAGUGGAGGGAGCAAGAGAGGAAGGAGAGGGGGUGUUCAGCGCCCCACAAGUGGAGACAUCUUCCUCGUUUAAGCCAUCCAGGUAUGAGUCUUGCCUUAUGCCGGCUGAGAAUAAGCCUCUGGAGAUGUCUGUACUGAAGAGAGUCAAAGAGCUGCUGGCUGAGGUGGAUGCAAGGGCUGCAGCUAAACAUAUUACCAUGGUGGACUGCACGGUUGCUAGAAUAUUAGGUGUAACCCCAGAAAUGCAAAGGAUGAUGGGAGUGUCCUCAGGGCUUGAGUUAUUGACUCUACCACAUGGACACCAACUGAGACUUGACCUACUGGAGAGGUUCUACACCAUGUCUAUCAUGAUGGCUGUGGACCUGCUUGGCUGUACAGGAAGCACGGAGGAGAGGGCGGCCCUGCUCCAUAAGACCAUCCAGUUAGCAGCAGAGUUGAAAAGCAGCCUGGGCAACAUGUUUGGUUUUGCUGCUGUGAUGAGAGCUCUGGAGCUCCCGCAGAUAUCCCGUCUGGAGCAGACAUGGGUAACCUUACGCCAAAGACAUACAGAGGGAGCUAUUCUAUACGAGAAGAAACUCAAGCCUUUCAUGAAGAAUAUAAAUGACGGCAAAGAAUCCAGUGCUCUGUCCAACACCACCUUCCCUCACAUCAUUCCCAUCCUGUCUUUACUGGAGCGUGGUAUGGCUCUUGGGGAUGUACUGGAACCCUGGGAGAGUGCAGAGGUGGGAGUAGAUGUAGUCAUGUACCACCUAGAGGCAGCUCGCACCAUCGCACAUCACGGGGAGCUCUACAGAACCAAUGCAGAGACGAAAUUACAGGGAAUUCAGGAACGAGCUGAAAUACAUGACAUCUUCCAGACGGAGUUUCAGAUGCGUCUGCUGUGGGGCAGCCGUGGCUCUGAGGGCAGCCAAUCGGAGCGUUACGAGAAGUUUGACAAGGUCCUCACCGCCCUAUCACACAAGCUAGAGCCUCCUGUGCGUCACAGCGAGCUAUAGCACCUGCCCAGACAAACCUACAGGGCAGGUGCUUUAGUUUACCGCUCAUAGUGGUAUGGCCUUGUUUUGCAUUGCAAAGGAUGGUGUGGGAGUGCUCAGUUUGGACACUGAAAAAGGUGAGAGUGAAAGAAGAGGCAGCUAAAAGAGUAUGUGCAGUGAGCAAGAGGAACACGGAAAGGGUCUCGCUGGCAAUGUGUUGCACUCACUGUGGAUUUAAAAAGAGGUACAGAGUCUCUUAUGUUCCCCUUUGUGGACUUCCUCACUUACUGCUGAAAUAUUCAAAUGAAAAGGGAGAAAAGAUAAUCUAAGCGGAACAGAAGAUGGAGCAGAAGGGUGACCAGUUUUUCUGGUACAACAUUUACACUGUGCCAAACCGAGGUGCAGAAUUUGGCUUUGCUCCUGUAAAACACGGAUACUCAACUGCUGUCUCACACUGUAGCCAAACUUGCAUAGCUCAUGUAGAUGUUUAGUCUGUGCGAAUGAGUGAGUGUUUGUCUGCUGGCAAGUGUGUUUGCAUUUCUUCGUUUUUGUAUGUCAUUAAAGUUUCAUGUCUGCUUUAUUUUUUUUUGUCUUAUUUAUUCAUUAUGAUCAAAGGAUAUCAAAACAUUAUGUACAUUGCUUCAUGAAACUGAAGAGAAUCUGUCAGUGCUCAUUCUGAGGGAACCCUGCUCAUAAAAUCUCAUGAAAUAUGUAUCAUGCAGUCCCACUGAAUCCCAUUAAAAAUGUAUCAGGCAUGCAUUAAUAAAUGUACCAGAAAUGAAACAUUCACACAAGUUAUGCAGCAACUUCAAUAUGAGGGUUUUGUGAGUGGUUAAAAACAUUAAGAGGUCAAGGCAAGCUCCCCGAGUUGCCUGUUUGACUUAGCCUUCUCAUAUUUUCUGUCCUGUGCACCAAAAUGAGCUAAAACAGCAUUACAAAAGACAAGAGAAAUGUAGCGUUUACAUUUUAAAUUGAGUGAAAUCAAUGUCUCAGUUAAGAUGUAAACAUUAAGGAACAUGCUUUAGUUUGAAUCUGGCUCCGUUUUGCAAAUUUGCUGAAAAAAAAUGUUUGAUGCAUGGAUCCAGAAAAUGUUACGCCAACUAAAAUGUUGCUUUAGUAGCAAUUCGAUAACUUCCGUACAAAAAUGUGUCAAAGUCAGGAAAUGUAACAUUCAGUGCAGAUAUUUUGUGUCUGUGGAAAAUCUUUAAAGAUGAAUUAAUAGUGCCACAUUUGUAGUACACCUGGAAAAAAAGCGUCUACUGCUUGUAUGUUUGAAUUUGUGUUUCAGCAAUACAGCUAAAAAUGACUGAAGAAAGUUUAUUUCUUUGGGGUUACAUUUUGCUUGACUAUCCAGUGUUAUGUUUUUGCUUUAACAUUUGAAGGGCCUGAGAGGGCUAGCGCUAACUCUCAGAGCUAUGCAAUCGUUUCAACCAAAUGCUGAGAACCCUGGGGAAGAGACUUCCAUUGUGGAUGUUUAAAAAAAAAAAUAAAAAAAAAAAUCUUAUAACUGAAUGGAUGAAAGUCAAAUCAGAAUUCAGUUAAACAGAAAUGCUUCUGAAAAUUGUCCUUACUGGGAUAUUCUUAAAUAGAUGUUCGAUUUGCAUUUUCUAGUUUGGGAUAAGCUGUACAGAUCUAGAGUUUGUGAAGGAAGGAGCCAUGUGACAGUCCCACUGUGGUCCAACAGGGGGCGUGGUUUAGUCAGCAAAAAAAAAAAAAAAACCUGAAUCAUGAAUUGUAACAUUGAAGACCUAUACGUGAAGAAAUGCCACUUUUAUUGUGUGUGUUUCGAGACCAAGAGUAUGCCUACUGGUUUAGGUUUGAUAACUGGUAACAUUGGUUACAGUGAUGUAAUAUGUUUUUAUUUGUCCUCUGUCGAAUGCUGUACAGGAAGCUGCUUUGUCAGCAUGUCAAGAAAUGAUUGGGACUGAUUUCAUUUAUUUUCUUUUUUCUUUUUCUUUUUCUUACGUCCUGUACAGUUCACUUUUUUCAAAUAAAAUUGCUUGUGUCAAUGCA